AUGGCAAGUAUUACAGAAUCUGACGAAGUCGUUGAAAUGUUUUGUGAAAUAUGUGACAGAAAAGGUAAACGUGAUGUAAUUGCGGUAGGAUUUUGUGUGGCUUGUGUGACAUAUUAUUGUGAUACUUGCUUGGACUAUCAUGCACAGUUUCUUCCGGACCAUAUACAACAGGACAGAAACCAAAUGCCCAAAGAUUUCUAUCUUGAAAAAUGUGAGCAGCAUUCAAAGGAAUUAGUAAAGUUCUACUGUCAGUCCUGUGGAAAUAUAGCCUGCUCAGUUUGUAAAAACACAUUCCACAGGGCAUGCCAAAGAGUAUGCCAUUUGUCAAAACUAGCGUGCCAGUUUGAGUUGGGGGAAGAAUUCCACAUUGUUGAUGACUUACUAAAUUCAGUUGAAACAGAAGCUGAUACUAGUAUAGAAAUGAUGCGUGUAAAUAUGAAACAAAAUAUUAAACACGCAAAGGCUGCUUUACUAGAACAGAAAAAGGUGAUCUUGACCUUAUUUGAUGAUUUUGAAAAGGAAAUCAACAAGCACGAAAAUGAUUUUAAAUCUGAUGUUGAAAAGGAAAUGAAGAAACUUGACCAAAUUAAAAGAAACAUUCAGACAAUAAAAUCAGAUAUUGACAAUAAAAAACUGGCAGCUGAAAGGUGCAAGCUAUUUCUUGCAACAAAGGCAGCUGAACGUCAAAUAAAGCAUAUCAAAGAAUGUCUGAAUGCUGCCAAGCCAUUUGUGGAGAGUACAAAUGUUACAAAGUACACCUAUGAACCUACAAAGAAAGAGAUUGGUCCUGCAGACUUAGGAAAAGUAAUUAUUUUAAAUCGACAUCAAACAUCCGUGUCAUAUCCUGAAACAAGCAGUUUUAUCAGUGCAGACAAACAGAGAACCGUUUUCAGAGACAGUAGUGCAAGUUCAGACAAUAAGUCAUCUACGCAAACUGUCAAUAGCUCAAGAAGUGGGGAACAUCACUCUUCUGACAAUGUUAGUCUUGUUACUGUAAAGACACAAAUUUGUUCCGACAGAAUCGAGACUGAAAAUCCAGAGAAACAGCGUGUAAAUGAAAUUUUAAAGUUACUACCGUUGAAGAACACAGUAUCACCUGGUGUUGUCAAACUGAACGAUAACAUGCUGGCAAUGGUAUUUCCUUUCGGCCAAAUUCGCUUUGUUGAAGUAUCAGUAUCAUCAAUUAAAAACCUAAAACUGGAGUACAUUAAAACAUUGGCAAUUGAAUCAAAUACGGUGUUUCGUCUAACAAUAAAAGGAAUUCUUAAAGCUUCAUACAAGCAUAAAAGACUAAUUGGUCCGACUGGGAUGACAUUUGAUACUGCUGGAAACAUAUAUGUGACUGGGUUUCACUCUCAUAAUGUUUUCAUGAUAGAUGCUGAUCUUACUGAUGGGUAUGAAUAUUUCAACAAAGACGACGGUUUAAACCAUCCAAGCAGUAUUGCGUAUGACAAAAUUGAGAAAACACUAAGUAUGUCUAACUACGUAGGCGGGAGGAAACAACCAAGUUUUGGGUCCAGUCAGGGAGCGUCGCCUGAAAAGGGAGCCAUAAGUUCUGAUGUAAGAGAAAGUCCUGCGAAUGAAAUGUUUCAGUCUCUAAAGAUUCUACUGGAAAUAAAGAUUAUAGCUGUGACGCUUGCAGCAAUGUGGGAGAAUAUGUUGAAGCUCGUGGAUUUUGUAAUGACUGCAAGGAAUAUCUCUGUGAUGCGUGCUUUCUUAGCCAUUCUAAGAGCAAGUUGUCAGAACAUCACACCCUUAUUGACAAAGACGUAA